UCAGUCUUUUGUUUUUCUCAGCAUUUUCCCCCUAUUACAUUACAUCCACUUUUUUUUUUUUUUCUCUCCCCACAAAUGCAUCUCGCUAUGGCUGGCAUUGCAGCGUUACCAUUGUCGUCACCAUCGCCGCCGCUGGUCACUCGUCUGGCCGCCCUGGCGCUUCUCCUCUCCUGCGUCUGCCACGCUGCCCUCGCCUCAGGAUCAGUGCGCGUGCCGCAGUUUGUGCAUCUGAUGGGCGCGCAGUCCGCCGGCGGCAAGACGGGCGAGCUGCUCGUUCCCGACUGCGACUCGGACGCCCUCUACGAAGCCAGCCGCCUCAACACGUCUGCUGGCGGCGGAGGAGUCGUGCUGCCGUCCGCCUUCUUCACUGCGGGGCGGUUUGCGGGGACUGUCAAGCUCGACGACGCCAUCACGCUCGAAUCCGAUGGAUUGAAUGCACUCUAUGUGGCGCGGUUUGCGGCGCAGACGGUCGUCGAUGCAAGCACUUCGCACUUUGAAACAAGCGCCAUUCCGUCCGUGUUUGCGUCCGCCAUGCAGAAGAGUCUCAAAGUGUUUGACUGGGCAGUCACCAUCAAGGCAACCUCAAAGGACGGCGCCUUGUCCGUCCAGCGGCUGGUGCGAUUCACCGCGCGCGAUGGCCGAAAGCAGAUUGUCGUCACUGGCUUGUUUAGCAACACCAAUCUGACCAUCGGAUUUAGCAAUCCCGAGUUUGCCUUUGCGCCUCUGCAGGUCGACGAGGGCACACCGCGUGCGUUCUUUGUCCUGACGUUCGAGGCGGACACGGGAAAGCUCGUCUGGGCAAGUGCUGGAAAGCUGAGCCUCGAUUGCCCCGACCUGAGCCCUUCCAUCAUCCCCGUGCCAGCAGCGGCCGAUCCGGAGACCGGUCGACGCAGUACUGUCUUGCUCGCCAUCUCGUUUUGCGGCACCUUCACGCUCGACGAUUGCGUGCAGGAAGCCACGGGUGACGGCAUGAACUCGGUUGUGCUGUCCCUUUCCACGGCUGACGGCAAUAUGGAUCCUGAGGAUGACGGAGCGGUGUGUGGUGUCCACAUGCUGUACAAGCCCGAGAAUAAGUCGCAGUCAGUGCGGAUUCUUGAUGCCGUGGCACUGCCCCAGGGCAGCGACACAGCUCGCGACAUUGUUCUUGUGGGCUCGUACACUGGCGCACCGGCGUUUUACAACCAAGUCCUCCCUGCGACUGACGGAGCGCCCCUGUUCUUUGCCGUAACGCUGUCCAGUGACGCCAGCGACCCUGAUGAAUUAGCACUCAUUCACAAGAACAUCUUCCAGGCGCAUAUUGAGAACGUCGAAGACCUGCGUGCCGAUGGCAUUAGCUUGUCGCAGUUCUACGUGACGGGAUCCUACCAUGGCCUGCUCAAGAGCUCGCCAUCCUUGUCUUUCCCGUCGCGUGGCGACACGAGCGAUGCAUUCAUUGCGAGCAUGGAUUUGACGUCGACCGACAACGAUGUUGUUUCCAUCCCCUGGGUCUGGCGUCUGGGCAGCACUGCCGAAAAGGACGAGCUUACCAAGCCUGCCAUCGGAGGUGCUCUUGGUGUUGCCGUGUCUGGUCGCGCUACCAAAGGCACGAUCUUUGAGGGUAUUGUCGGAAAUGAGCGAUUGGCGUCGCAAUACCUGUACAACACUGCUCAGGAGGGCGACAUUGUUGUUCGCAUCGGGUUUGAUGGACAGCUCUUGUAUGAAAACCUCUUCACUGAUCGCGCCGACAACCGGACGUACAUUGCUGAUCUGGCCCUCUACCGGGACAACAACAUGAUCCUCACCGGACAUGCCCAAGCCGAAGUGAACUUUGCUCGCUUUGUCAUUGCUGGGUCCAAUCAGGCUGCCUUCCUCGGCGGUCUUUUGUUUUGCGCAAACGAUUGCCUUGCUGCCAAUCGCAUCCCCUGCCGUCCUGGAUCUUUGACUUGCCGCGAGUGUCAGUUUGACUACGAGAUAACCGACGAAAUGAUGGGCACUCAGCAGACAUGCGCCCUUUCCAACCAAGAGGAAACCGCCUUGUUCUCUGGUACUUUUGCGACCGUCUCGUUGGCUGUGCUGAUUUCGUUGAGCAUUGGGUGUGCCAUCUUCUUGGCAUGGCGCAGCCGCGCCGCGCGAACUGCAGUGGUGGCUGCCAAGGUUGCUGCCACCCGAUUGAAAAACCGCGGCAAGGCACCGCAGCGAUAUCGCCCGGUUAGCAAUCGCGACGAGUUUGAGCUCUUGUCCCAAGACGCCAUGGACGAUGAGGACGAGGCUGUAUUCGACGUAACCACUACACGAUAGCUUUGCUGCUUGCAGUUGCUAGUUGUUGAUGCUGCGCGCUUUUUUUUGGUGUUGGUUUUUGUUUUUGUUCUCGGAGUUUGUUUAUUGGAUAGUUAUGACAUGAAUGUUGUUUCAACGUUUUGAUAGUGUGAUUUUGUGGUGUCUUUGUUCGUCAAAGGCGAUUACCAACACAAUACGUGGGA